AUGACGCCCAGCUAUGCCCGAGCGAUUGCGCAGAUGGCCUACAUCUGGGGCUGGCCGAUGGUCAACAUGCUCAACCGUGCGGCCAGCGUCACGCAAGCGCCGCAGCCGGCGCUGCUCAACGGCGUCUUGCCCGUGGCGCCGUACGGCCAAAUCGGCAUGCUGCACGACUACAUCGAGCCGGCCGAGACGUUUGUGACGUGCCCCAACCAGGACGUCGUCUACGGGCUCGGCUACUUCGCGCUCGACGAGCAGCCCGUCAUCGCGCAGGUGCCCGACUUUGGCGACCGCUUCUGGGUGUACGCGCUCUACGACGCACGCACCGACCAGUUCGGCCAGCUCGGCAAGCCCUACAACACCAAGCCCGGCUUCUACCUGCUGGCCGGCCCGAGGUGGAGCGGCCUGAAGCCCGACGGCGUCCGCGAGGUCAUUCGGUGCCCGACGCCGCUCGCCAACGCCAUCCCGCGCAUCUUCCAGGAUGACACGCCCGAGGACAAGGCCGCCAUCCAGGCGGUAAUCAACAGCGUCGUCUUUUAUCCGCUCGAGGACUUCACCGGCGCCAUGAAGACGAUCGACUGGGCCCACGUCGAGGACAUUCCCGGCCCGGGAGGCGACGCCAGCGGCGAGACCAAGUGGGUGGUGCCUCAAAAAUUCUUUGACCAGCUCCCCGACGUGCUCAACACCGUCGAGCCGCUGCCAGGCGAAGACGCGCUGUACGGCCAGUUCCGCCUGCUGCUCGAUUCCGCGGCCAAGGACCCCGAGCUGAAAAAGGUCGUGGUCGCGACCGCGGUCGAGGCCGAGGACACCAUCAUCCGCCCCUUCUUCGAGUGGAAGCACAACGGGCGUCCGGCCGGCAACGGCUGGAAUCGCUCGACCAACAACGCGCAGUUUGGCGUCGACUACUUCGACCGCACGGGCACCUCCAAGUCCAACAUGUUCGACAACCGGCCCACGGAGACGCAGUACUUCUACACCGACUCUGACGGCGCGGGCGGCGAGCUCGACGGCAGUGGCAGCUACGAAAUCUUGUUUGCGGCGGGACAAGAGCCUCCCGUCGACGGCUUCUGGUCGCUGACGCUCUACAACGACAAGCACCUGUUCCACGCAAACGACCUCGCGCGCUACUCGCUCGGCACCAAGAACAAGACGCUGCGGCGCGACGCCGACGGCUCGCUGACCCUCUACGCGGGCGCCAGGUCGCCGGGCGCCGACAGGGAGAGCAACUGGCUGCCGGCCCCGGAUGGCCGCUUCUCGCUCUACAUACGCGCCUACUGGGGCCGGGAGGCCAUUCUCGACGGCUCCUGGACGCCGCCUGUCGUUGCAAAAGUCGAGUGA